AUGGCUCAGAAUGAGGAACUCAGCAGCAGCUCCCACCAGAGCUCGGAGCAACAAGAUGAGAUCCACGAAAUCCCUCAAACACAGUACCGCAGUCGCCAGAAUUCAAGGGUAGCCCAAGAUGAUACGACCUAUUUCGAUGAGAUCAACCCUGACGGUAAGGCAGAGUUGACUCACAUUGCCUCGAACUUUCCCAGGCGCACUUCCAGUGCUAGUGCCAGUGUUGGUGUCGGUGGAAAGGGAAUACAGCGAAUGGACACUGUCGACGAAAUGGCCCUCGAUGACCCAGCCUUUGAUCCUACAACUGACCAGUUUGACCACUACAAAUGGGCCCGUAAAAUGAUGAAGCUCAUAGAUAGGGAAGGGUUCCCCCGGCCACCAUCGAUGGGCAUCUCAUUCCAGAACCUCAAUGUAUCUGGUUCGGGGUCGGCGUUGCAGUACCAAGAUACUAUGGCGUCUCUCUUUGCUGCACCCUUGCGACUUAAUGAGCUCUUAUUCAGACGAUCCCCCGAGAAACAUAUUCUGCACGAUUUCAACGGGUUAAUCAGGAGCGGCGAGCUCUUGAUCGUAUUGGGGCGACCUGGCAGUGGUUGUUCAACGUUUUUGAAAUCACUAUGUGGUCAGCUCCAUGGGCUGAAACUAGGGCAAGACUCCGAGAUUCAAUACGGUGGAAUUUCGCAGGAGACUAUGCUCAAGGAAUACAAGGGAGAGGUCCUAUACAACCAGGAAGUGGACAAGCACUUUGCUCAUCUCACAGUCGGGCAAACCCUGGAGUUUGCAGCAGCAGCCAGGACUCCCGAGCACCGAUUAGAGGGAGCCAGUCGUCACCAGUUCGCUACCUACGUUACCAAGGUCGCCAUGUCUAUUUUCGGUCUAUCGCACACCUACAACACCAAGGUUGGCGAUGACUAUAUACGAGGUGUUUCCGGUGGUGAGAGAAAACGAGUCAGUAUUGCCGAAAUGGCCUUGUCGGGAGCACCUGUUGCGGCCUGGGACAACAGUACAAGAGGGCUUGAUUCUGCAAGUGCCUUAGAAUUUGCUAAGGCGUUGCGCGUGUCUGCAAAUGUAGCCGGCACUUGCCAUGCCGUUGCAAUUUACCAGGCUUCACAGGCAAUCUAUGACAUCUUUGACAAGGCUGUUGUCUUAUACGAAGGACGCGAGAUCUAUUUCGGACCCUGCGGCGAUGCAAAGGAAUAUUUUGAGGAGAUGGGCUUUUAUUGCCCACCACGCCAGACGACUGGUGACUUUUUGACAUCCGUAACCAACCCACAAGAGCGUACAGCGCGCGAGGGAAUGGAGAACAAGGUUCCACGAACGCCUGAGGAAUUCGAGACAUACUGGAAGAACAGCCCGUACUACUCCGAUCUUAAGCAAGACAUUGCUGAUCAUUCGGAGGAGUUCCCUCUCGGUGGAGAGGCUGCACAAACCUAUGGUCACGCGAAACGGCACAAACAGGCAAAACACGUCAGGCCUAAAAGCCCCUAUGUCAUUUCAAUUCCAAUGCAGGUCAAGCUUUGUACAAUUCGAGCCUAUCAAAGGAUAUGGAACGACAAACCGUCUACACUGACAACCGUUAUUGGUCGAAUUGUGAUGUCUCUUAUUAUUGGUUCUAUAUACUUCGGUACCCCGAACGCCUCCGCCGGGUUUCAAAGUAAAGGAGCUUCUCUAUUCUUCGCUGUUUUGAUGAAUGCUCUUAUCAGUAUUACCGAAAUCAAUUCACUUUACGAUCAGCGUCCGAUUGUAGAGAAACAAGCCUCGUACGCUUUCGUUCACCCCUGGGCUGAAGCAUUUGGCGGGAUCGUGUCGGAUAUUCCGGUCAAAUUUGUUUCAGCUGUCGUCUUCAACAUAAUCUAUUACUUCUUGGCUGGGCUGCGUUACGAACCUUCGCAGUUUUUUAUCUUCUUUCUUUUCACAUUUCUCAGCACUCUCGCCAUGUCGGCGGUCUUCCGAACCCUAGCGGCAUCGACAAAGACUUUAUCCCAAGCAAUGUCCAUGGCCGGAGUAAUGGUACUGGCUAUCAUUAUUUACACUGGUUUCGUGAUACCCACACCGCAAAUGUCCGAUGUCCCGUGGUUCAGUUGGAUUAGAUGGAUUAACCCGGUGUUCUAUACCUUCGAAGCUAUGGUAGCCAACGAAUUUCACGGUCGACGAUUUGAGUGCUCACAAUUCGUACCCGCAUAUCCGAGCCUGAGCGGAGAUUCCUUCAUUUGUGCAGUUCGAGGAAGCGUUGCGGGAGAGCGGACCGUCUCGGGAGACUCUUACAUCUGGGCUCAGUACCGCUAUACAUAUGCUCACGAAUGGAGAAAUCUCGGGAUUCUGAUCGGUUUUUGGAUUUUUUUCACCAUAGUAUAUCUGGUUGCGACUGAGAUCAAUUCGGCGACGUCGUCCAAGGCUGAAUUUCUGGUAUUCCGCCGCGGUCAUGUGCCGCCACAGAUGCGCAACCUCGACAAAGAUCAAGGAGAUGCACCACCUGAGAAUACCGCUUUGGCCGAAAAGCCAAGUGAGGCCGCGACAGCGAAUACCUCUGCGAUCCCGGAACAACACAGUAUUUUCACCUGGCGAAAUGUGUGUUAUGAUAUCCCUGUCAAAGGCGGCCAGCGCCGGCUGUUGGAUAACGUGAAUGGGUGGGUGAAACCUGGUACGUUGACGGCAUUGAUGGGUGUCUCGGGGGCCGGGAAAACAACACUUCUCGAUGUACUCGCGAAACGUGUUUCUAUCGGCGUUGUUACAGGUGAUAUGUUUGUCGAUGGCAAGCCGCUUGACUCCAGUUUCCAAAGAAAAACGGGUUAUGUCCAGCAGCAAGACCUACAUCUUUCUACAACGACUGUGAGGGAGGCAUUGCGCUUCAGCGCAUUGCUACGUCAGCCAAAGUCAGUAUCGAAGGCUGAGAAAUACAAGUAUGUCGAAGAAGUCAUUGAAAUGCUUAAUAUGCAGGACUUUGCGGACGCAAUCGUCGGUACCCCCGGUGAGGGGUUGAAUGUUGAACAGCGUAAGCUGUUGACGAUUGGUGUUGAACUUGCAGCCAAGCCUGCGCUGCUCAUCUUCCUUGACGAGCCGACAAGUGGUUUAGACUCACAAAGCUCUUGGUCCAUUUGCGCCUUCUUGCGUAAGCUUGCAGAUCGCGGUCAAGCGGUGUUGUCUACUAUCCAUCAACCCAGCGCCAUGCUGUUCCAACAGUUUGAUCGACUAUUGUUUCUGGCCAAGGGAGGUAGAACUGUUUACUUCGGGGGUAUUGGAAAAGAGUCUCAUACUCUACUCAAUUAUUUUGAAUCAAACGGAGCACGGAAAUGUGGCUCAUCUGAGAAUCCUGCGGAAUAUAUCCUCGAAGUGAUUGGAGCCGGUGCCUCUGGAAAGUCGAGCCAGGACUGGCCGGUCGUCUGGAAUGAAAGUAAAGAAGCCAAAGAAAUUCAAAAUGAAAUUGGCCGGAUCCAUAAAGAUAGGGCUUCUGCCCCAUCGGAGGAGCAGGACAAUACGCACCGCGAAUAUGCCAUGCCUUUCACUAACCAACUGUGGCACGUAACCCUACGUGUAUUCCAGCAGUACUGGCGUGAACCCGUAUACAUCUGGGCGAAGCUGAUUCUAGCCAUUGCCUCCGCCCUUUUCAUCGGGUUCACCUUCUUCAAGCCUGACAGUUCCCAACAGGGAUUCCAGGACGUACUAUUCAGCGCAUUUAUGCUCACAUCUAUUUUCUCCACCUUAGUGCAACAGAUAAUGCCCAAGUUUGUCGUCCAGCGCUCCCUCUAUGAAGUCCGCGAACGCCCGUCAAAAGCCUAUUCCUGGGCUGCAUUCAUAAUCGCAAACGUACUCGUCGAAAUACCCUGGCAGAUCCUCGCCGGCGUCGUCUCCUGGGCCUGCUACUACUUCCCCGUCUACGGCGCCAACCAAGCCCCGCACCGACAGGGCCUGAUGCUUCUCUUUACAAUCCAAUUCUUCAUCUUCACGUCGACAUUCGCAACAUUCGUCAUCUCUGCCCUUCCCGACGCAGAAACAGGUGGUACAAUCGCAACACUGAUGUUCAUGAUGACCCUUGUCUUCAACGGCGUCAUGCAGCCGCCCAAUGCUCUUCCCGGGUUCUGGAUCUUCAUGUACCGCGUUUCCCCGCUGACGUAUCUUAUCUCUGGUCUUACGGCGACGGGUCUCCAUGGCCGAGAGAUUGUGUGUUCGGAUGAGGAAAUGAGCGUGUUUAACCCGCCUUCCGGACAGACUUGUGGACAGUAUAUGAGUGCUUACCUCCAGGUCGCGCCAGGGAGGCUGUACAAUCAAGACGCUACGCAGAACUGCCAAUACUGCUCCCUGAGAAGCGCGGAUCAGUACCUUGCUGCGUCGAAUAUUUUCUACUCAGAACGCUGGCGAAAUUGGGGUAUCGGAUGGGCCUACAUCGGGUUUAAUAUCUUCGGCACAGUAGCGCUCUACUACAUAUUCCGGGUCCGACACUGGAAUCCGACGAGUAUAGUCCGUGGUGUUAAGCGGGCGGCGGUCUUUGUUUGCCGUGUGUUCAAGAGGCGCUCUGGGGAGACGCCAAAGGGGAAGGAGGCGGAUAAUGGAAGGUUGCUCUAG